GGACGCGGGACAGACAAAGAGCGAGGAGGAGGAAGAAUGGCGGGGACCGCGUUCACAAUCACGGGACAGUAGGAUACGUCUGGCAACCGCAAGUUUAGCUUCAAGUUAAGUUCAGGGUCCGCGUCACCUCCGGCGCCGCGGUUAGCAAAAUAUAGCUCGUGUAGUGCUAUGUGGGGUCUCCUCGCUAGCUAGUGAAGUGUUUAGCUAACUUUAGCAACUUUAUUAGCUCGUCACCAACGCCGCAGGCUUCACCGCGCCAGCAAACAACGACGGCCAGCCGCCUCGCCUCGACAGCCCGUGAUGUGACCGCAGCUCACCGGCUUUCUCCCCCUCUCUCUCCCACGCCACUAACAGACGUUUGUGAGCCAUCAGCUCAGAGUAUUUAACUGUGGAAAAGAUUGCACUGACAUCCAGACGGAGGAGGAAGAGUUGUCACACCUGAGCCACCUCUUACACUGCAUCAGUGAGCCUUGCACCAUGCGUCCUGCUGGGAUCACCGCCUGCCUUCUGGUGGUGUUGAUGCCCAUGUCAGCCACUACACAGUUGACACCUGAAGAAAUGUGCAGUACCAAAUAUAAAGUUCCAUGUACAAAAGACAUGGGUAAAGGCUGGUACCAGAUGGGUCCAAACCGCUGUGUGAAGGCCUUCUUUCACAACGCCCACCUGAGUUUUGAUGACGCAGAGAGAACCUGUCAAAAGUUACCGGGUGGACAUCUGGUGUCAAUCAGGAGCCCUAUAGAGCUGUCUAUAGUGCAAUGUGCCAUGUACAGAGAAACAACUGGAAAAGCUCAUUACUGGAUCGGCCUGAAAAAGCAGAUGCACAAAGUUGCACUUCCGUUUGUUCUUCUGACCUCACAGAGUGAUUAUCAAUUUGUCUGGACUGAUGGAAGUGGACCUUUGUUAGGAUUCUCCCAUUGGGCUAAAAAACAACCAGACAACUUCCUAUGGAGAGAGCACUGCGUUGAGAUGAACUACUGGAGCUGGGGACUCUGGAACGAUGAGCAAUGUUAUCUGGCGAGGCCUUAUGUGUGUUCAAUAAAAGUCUAGUUCAGCAUAAACUUGAAGAGCUGCAGGUGUACCUGUCUACUUUCACAUCUAUAGAAAUAAAUAUUCAGCAUCAA